AUGAGAUUGACACAGUUUGCUUCUAUCCUCGCCGCCGGCUUUGUUGCUGCCGUUCAAGCGCUGGACGAGUCUCCAAUCCCUGGAUAUGGUGUUCAGGAGCCCUCAUGGGAGGUUGAGACGACACCAGGAGGUCCCAAAAUGAUCCUCAACGGAACGGUCCAGCAGGUACACGCGCAGCUGUUAGAGAUCAACCCCAAUUAUGAUGACGACUUUGCCGCUGUGUUGGAGAAGCGGGAGACACCAGUACUUGACAAACGGGACGAUAUCAAGUGCAACAACUGGCCAAAGGCGCGCCGUGGUGAUAUCGAAGCCGGUAUCAAGCACUUGCGUGGGGUUUCGGGACAACCUUCGAACGGGCCUGGACCUGGAAACUGUGGACGGGUCAGCUGCUCAUGGGGCGCUGCCAUCUGGUGGUGCAAUGAUAACACAUUCACCAAGGUUCUUCCCAGCUUCAACAAUAUCGCUGAUGGAGCCCAGGUAGUUCUCAACAACUGCCAAAGAGGAGGAGUAAAGCUUUCCGGACAGGACUUCCAUUCUGACAACUGGAACGUGAUUGUUCGGGGAGACAGUUGCUAG